AUGAGUGAGCGAGGGUCGGAGAUUGUGUUUCGCGCGGAGAACGUGCCGAUCCGGUUCUUCAAAGCAUGCCGGUGGUGUCGCCGACAGAAGAUGCGAUGUGAUGCACGUCAACAAGUACCCUGCUUUCGCUGCCGGUCCACCGGUCGGGAUUGUAUUUUAGAUCCGAUUGAAGACAAUCGGCGCCGUACUGAUCGUCGAAGGAAAGCUACCCCUGCACGGGCUUCUCCACUGGAUCAGAGGAGUGGUUUUCAUACUCCUGUCUCGAGAGAACAAGAUUAUUCUCCGAUCGGAGGGCAGGAUGUAAGCUUUGAUGCUACAAUCGACUCUCUUCCUGAUUCCUCGGGCUUGGGGGAUCUGCGCAGAUCUGUGACGGUUGAUCAUAAUGGUCCUGAGUCGCAGCAGUUAAGUCCGAAUGAUAUGAUUGCACCGGUUUCAGCAGUUCAUUCGAUGUCUGUGAACUUACUUGGGUCCAAUAAUAUAUUCAUGGAGCAUUCAACAAAUGGUGAUUCAAGAGGCGAUAUCGUUGAUCGUGGUAUCGUCACUGAAGAGAGAGCUCGAGUCAUGUAUGAAAGAUUUACAGUUGGGAGUAAAAACUAUUUGCCUCUCUUUGAUCCCAUCCGUGACACAUUCGACUCUAUCCGAUCACGCUCCUUGUUCUGCUUCACGGUCAUCAUCUAUCUAGCCAGUCGCGCGGUCAUGGACCUACGCGGCGAUACGCAUAUGCAACGCGUGCUCCAAGACGAAGCACAACGACUAGCUGAAGACAGCUUUUUCGAACGCCCAACGAAACUUGAAACAGUUCAAGGAAUGAUUCUUCUGGCUGCCUACUCGGAGAAAACCUGGUUUUCGACCGCACUCAUCCUGCGCACAGCUUUAGACUCUGGUCUCGAAAAGUCAUUGGACACAUUGCUCUCUCAAGAGAACGUCCCCCGGAGCUCACUCGCUGCCUCUAUGGCCGAUCGUCAGUUGGUGUGGCAGACACGGACUUGGCUCAUUAGCUUUACCUUGGAACUCGAUGUCGCCUCUGGAACCGGUCGCAAAUCGCGCAUUGGGGAGGUGGAUAUUACGAAACUGCGCAAAUUCCUUGACUAUCCACUUUCUUUACCAUGUGAUAUGCGCACUCUUCGAGGCCACUCGCGAAUAAUCCUAGAAAAUGCAGCAACGGUCCGUGACAUAAUUUUGACAGAACUCCCAGCUAUCAUGACAAGGCUACAAAACUGGUGGACCACUUGGGACGAUAUUCACAAUAACAACGGCUUCCAUGCCGGCGCAUUCCAACGUAGUAGCCUCAAAUUGAUGCUUCUCUACGCUAGAAUCUUCGUUCUAUGUGCAUCUUUGGCACGAAUCCAGAAACUGCAACCUACUGGCUCCAACUCCGAAUCAGAAAUAAUUGACCAGAGUGUAAUGAAUCUGUGGCAAUCUUUGGUCACGACCAUUAUGGAUCAGCUGGCAUUUUUGAUUGGCGAGCCAUCCUAUCGUUGUCAGCUACCCUGGGCUCCAACCUACCCAGCUUUGACAAUGGCAUUUGUCACCACAUUUGCACUCCGUAUAGCGCGCUGGCGGCCAAAUCUUAUUGAUCAGGAUCUACUUCUUGAAAGAGUGGAGAAAGUGUGCGAUUUCUUGAAGCAGCCACCCUAUCCAGACAUCCACCGAACAGUCUCGAUAUUCGUCAAUUACGCACGAGCCUUAAUCGCAAGUCAACGUCCAGGUAGCAAUGACAGCGAUGGGCCCAACUUGUCCAGUCAAGGCGAUGUGGUCAUGUCUUCCCACCAAGGGCCAGAAAGCCCUGUGGAAAAUGCCCCGCAUUUGGCAUCUUUGGAUGGUCCUCGGUACAGGACCGGCAUAACUGUGCCAAAUGAUAAAGACCCGAACUUGAUUUCCAUGACAAGCGGUGAUGCUGCAGCUGCAGCUGCAGCUGCGAGGCCUCCUCUUCCAAGGCUGCCCGACACGAUGGAUGCCCCUAACUGGACUAUGUCCAAUUCCAUCGCGGAUUCAUUUGGCAAGAUGCCCAUCGCUACAAUAUGUGAUGAAAAGAAAGACAAGGCCAAUUGGGAUUAUACACUAGUUGAACUAUCUCCCGAUGAAAUAUUGGUUGAGUUUCAGGAAGACUCUCCAGCAAACCCCAACAAUUGGUCUUUCAAUAAGAAGCUGUAUAAUUCUGUUGUGGGGCUACUUAUCGUACUUAACAGCGGCAUCUCAUCUUCUCUGCCUAGCAACGCAGUGCCCACUAUCAUGCAAGAUUUUGACGUUUCCGGGAACAGCCAAAGGAUUCUACCAACAGCCAUUUUCCUAGUAGGCUAUUGUGUUGGACCAUUAUUAUUCAGCCCAUUAAGUGAGACGAUCGGACGUCAACCGAUCCUAUUUUGGUCAUUCACUGUUUUCGUCUUGGGGACGCUUGCUUGUGCCUUUGCGCCUAAUUGGCCUUCGCUAUUGGUAUUCCGGGUCAUUUGUGGGACUAUGGCUGCUGCACCGCAAACUGUUGUUGGAGGAGUAUAUGCGGAUCUAUUCUCCGAUCUGCGAACUCGUGGCCGAGCAAUGGCUUUGUAUAUGGCUGCAUCAAGUUUUGGGCCAAUCAUUGGGCCAAUCAUAUCUGGUUGUUCGGUUCAAUAUGGUUGGCGUUGGACUUUCCGGAUCGAUGUUAUGCUGUGUGGGAUUGGAUGGGUUGGUCUUUGGGGAUUUUCUGAAACUUUCGCCCCGGUGUUACUCAAAAAGCAAGCGGCGAAACUAAGAAAAGAGUCCGGAUCAGAUCGAUUUCUUUCUCCACAGGAACUGAAGUCCGAUGCGGCCUUUACUUUGACUCAGACGAUCAUCAGACCUCUAACAAUGUUAUUCUUCGAACCCAUCAUUCUCUUCACAUCGAUUUUCAUCUCUCUGGCAUGGAGCAUGGUAUUCUUCUACUUCCAGGCGUAUCCCAUCAUCUUUGAGGGCACCUACAACUUCGACGUUGAAAAAACAUCUUUGACGUAUAUUCCAAUCGGUCUGGGCGCCGCAUCCUCCUGCCUAUUCGCCCUCUACUAUGACAAAUUCUACAACAAAGCCAAGAAAAAUGGGAAACGAUGGGCAUCUGGCCCCGAAUCCCAACGACUCCCGAUGUCCUGCAUUUCCGCUCCCUGUCUCACAAUCAGUCUCUUCUGGCUCGCCUGGUCAGCCAAAUCCAGGAUACCCUGGAUCGUCCCAGUGCUAUCUGGAAUAUUGUUUGGCUUGGGAUACCAAACAAUUUUCAUUUCCCUUCUCACGUAUGUGACUGACGCAUACAAGAUCUACUCUGCCAGUGCCCUAGCUGCGUCUGUUAUUAUGCGAAGUGUCGCCGGUGCGCUCUUUCCUCUUGCUGCCGAUCCGCUAUAUGCGAAGCUUGGUGUGUCAUGGGCGACCUCGAUUCUUGGAUUUGCUAGUCUGGCUUGCAUACCUAUUCCGUUUGCUUUGUUCUAUUACGGGCCUUGGAUUCGGAAACGAAGUCCAUUUUGUCAGCGGUUGUUGGAGAUGGAGAUGCGGAAAUCGUCGAGUGGGACACAGACGCCUGAAGAAGUCUAA